AGAGAGAGAGAGAGAGACAGGCAUGGUGCAUUGCAGCAUUCCUUUCGGGCUCCCGUAGAAAAACACCGUCACGUGAAUGAAGUCUUAAUGAAAUUCUGAAUAAUCUACGUAACGGUGCAUCAUCAUCCUCCUUCUUCUUCAAAACAGCGGAUCGGUCGCUGAAGGAGAGUCAUGGCCGCACAGAAGAUCAACGAGGCGCACGAGCACAUCGCCAAAGCGGAGAAAUGUUUAAAGACCAGCAUGACCAAAUGGAAGCCAGACUAUGAUGGAGCCGCUUCAGAGAUGGCAAAAGCAGCUGUGGCUUUCAAAAACGCAAAGCAAUUUGAGCAAGCGAAGGAUGCGUAUCUGAAGGAGGCCGAAUAUCACGAAGACAACAAAGCACUGUUCCACGCAGCAAAGUCAUAUGAACAAGCAGGCAUGAUGUUAAAGGAUAUGAAGAAAAUGCCUGAAGCCAUUCAGUUAAUAGAGAAGGCCAGCAUCAUGUAUGUGGAGAACGGGACCUCUGGAACUGCUGGAAUAGCUUUGGACAGAGCUGGGAAACUGAUUGAGCCGAUUGAUCUAGAGAAAGCUGUGGAUUUGUACCAGAAAGCAGCAUCUGUGUUUGAGAAUGAAGAUCGCCUCAGAGAGGCGGCAGAACUUCUGGGUAAAGCAUCCAGACUGCUGGUACGACUGCACAGGUUGGAUGCAGCUGCUGUUUCCCUUCAGAAAGAAAAGAACAUGUACAAGGAAAUUGAGAACUACCCCACCUGCUUUAAGAAAACUAUUGCACAGGUGCUUGUCCAUCUCCACAGAGCUGAUUUUGUGGCUGCAGACAAGUGUGUGAGAGAAAGUUACAGUCUUCCGGGGUUCAGUGGCAGCGAGGACUGCGUUUCUAUGGAGACGUUACUGGCAGCGUAUGACGAGCAGGAUGAAGAUGAUCUGGCACGUGUGUGUAACUCGCCUUUGCUUAAGUACAUGGACAAUGAUUAUGCCAAGUUGGCCAUCUCUCUGAAGGUGCCAGGCGGUGGAGGCGGAAAAAAGAAGAAAGCUCCGGCUGCUCCACAAGGGGGCAGCGGAGCGCCACUACCAGCUGAAGAACACGAUGAUUAUGAGGGAGGUUUGUGUUAGCUGAGAGAACGACUCACCUCCUGAGGUGUGUGUGUGUGUGUGUGUGUGUGUGUGUGUUAAUGAGUACAUACCAUAAGUGUUUCCACCCUUUGUGAAAAGUCCUGGGUUUGAGGAAUUCUGUUGCUAUGUGACCCGGCUGUGGGAGUGACAAUGUAAAGCUUUAAAAUCAGCAUGAAAUGAAAAUUGAAGAAAAAAAUUAUCAUAAUUUACUCACCUUCGGGAUAUCCCAAGCAGAAGAAUAAUAGUAAAAUAUCUCAGCUCAGUAGGUCCUUUAAAUGCAAGUGGAUGGUGAUCCGAUUUUUGAAGCUCCAAACAUCACAGACAGUCAGCAUAAACGUCAUCCAUACGACACCAGCUGUUAAACUAACGUCUUCUAAAGCACCACGAUCACUUUUGGUGCAUAAAAGAUCAAUAUUUAAGUCAUUUUUUAAUCCUAAAUCAUCACUUCUGGUCGGCAGCGCCACGCACGUGGAACAUACUCACAUUGACAUGUGAGACACACAUGGAAGAGCAGCGCUGUUUACAAGUGAGGAGGAACGCUGUACUGAAGCUUCAUUGGUUUUGAUUUAGAUCUGUAUUUAUCUGUUUCUUUACUCACAAUUAUGUGUUUGUAUGGGAUCAAAAUCCCGUCAAAAGUAUUGCGGUCACGGAUCCAAAAAUUACGGAACCUGGUGGCCAAGGUUGGUACCGCAUUUAUGUUUUUGAAGAGAAAAAAGGAAAAAAAAAAAAAAAAUGAAAAUAAUUGUGUCUCAGUUCCUUCCUUUCUUAAAAAAAAUUAUCUCUUCAAAAAUAUUUUUUUCUCACAUUUUUUUUUCUCUCUUCAAAAACAUAAAUGCGGUACCAACCUUGGCCACCAGGUGCCACUAUCAGUAAACAUGUAAUCUUAUGCUUUUUUUUUUUCACCUUGCGGUUCAGGGCUUCCGUAAUUUUUGGAAGUUUACUCAGAAUUGGUGUCCGGCGACGGAACUCGAGGACAAUUGCGUUUCAGACCGUACAUGCAGCGGGGAUUUUCCGCAUGCGCAGUGACACGAUUUAAGCAUUUUCAUACGUUUCAGUGUGGACGAGCAACUUUUGGAAAACGCUUGAAAACGUUUUUUUGUUUUGUUUUGUUUUUUUGCUUGAAAACGUUAGUGUGGAUGGAGAGCGUUUUGAAUGAAAAUGCCAUUCGGAUUAAUGUAGAUGUAGCCUGAAUCAGUGCACGGCCCGGCCACGCUCUCCUCCUCAUCACAAGUGUUUAUCAGCGUCAUCAUAGCAACAAAUUAUCCAAGUAAUAUUGGAUAUAACUUUACAGAGAUAAGCGAUUUUAUCACACUAAAAUAAAUCACGUUAACAUGUAGAAUGUUUACAUCUUGUGGCUAUACUUUUGAAACUUGAAAGAGUAUUUUCAUGUUUAUCAACUGGACUCACUUCCAUUGUAAAUGCCAAAGGAGAGACAGUCAGAAUUAUUUUUGUGGUAAACAACAUCAAUUCGGUCGAUAAUGCUUAACUUGUAUUGAACCUGGAACAUUCCUUUAAAAUGGUGAACUAUGUGUUAUAUAAUAAUGAUACGUGUGGAAUUGUUUUCUUUUAAUUUGUUAUGUAAAAACUGUUGUCAUGUAUACAAAAUCAAUGUAUUUUCAUUUGUCAAAGUGUUGUUAAAUUAUUUAUACAGCGUGUAAUAUAAUGUUACUCUCCAUUAUGUACAUUGAUGUAUUCCAAGUGUUGCUGAGCGAUGUGAACGAUGCAAAAAUGACUGUCUAUCACUGUCUACUACUAGAAGUUCUUUCAAACUGUGCACUUUACUGUGGAUUGUGAUGAAUUCAGCACAGAUUAAUAAAUCAAAGGAAACUAGAAAAACAAACACAUUUAGUGGAUGAAUCUAAAAGCUUAAAAAAUGCUACACCAUCACAUUUGAAAUUCAAC